AUUCCUGCUAGUUCCAAUGGCAGACACAACUGAUUGAGUAACACCUGACUAGUCAAAAAAAAGGGCGCAAGGACAAAAUUCUACCCCGGAUGCUUCACCCUUCCAGCUUUCCAUCCGAAAUGAUACGCCGUGCAUGCUGGCAUGGGGCCAGUGGACUCAUGGCUGCCAAGAAGAAUGUUUUUCCCCCAGUAAACACUCGAGAUGCCAAGCAAGCACCCCAACAGCACAAGACAGACAGUGAGAGGUGUGUGUGAAUGUAGUAGUAGGGACAUGGAUGUGAAAGGAUGUCCAUAGCCCCAUGUGAUGCAAGGAAUCAGGCAUUAGGGCAAGCUUUGUCCCUAUCUCCACGUUUCAGUGCCGCUCAUGCUAAUUCCUCAACAUGGUACAGCUUUGGGGGUGCUCGUUCCAUGUGCCUACUGUUCGCGUCCUUGUGGUCUGUGUGUACACCCUCCUUGUAGUGUCUUGUGUCCUAUAUCUCCUGCCUUGCAGCUUUUGCAGUGAAGCUGCCAUGAUGGGCUUCUUCCGGGACACCGGCGUCGUCAGUGUCGGUGGCCGCGGCGGCAGCAGGACGGGCGGCUUGUUCCAGUACCAGCGACUGGAAUGCCUGGACGAGGAGGUCGCUCCGAGGUCCCGGUGGCGGUGGCUGCCGGCGGCGCUGAAUGGUAAGGUGGCUUCCCCCUGCUUGUUCCAUGUCAAGAAGGUGAAGUGGGGCAGGAUCACCUCGGCCCUGAUCCCGAGGAAGGUGGCCGAGCUCUCGGCCAAGAUCCGGCACGCCCGCGGCAGCGGGAUGACGGAGGCCGAGGUCUGCCCCACGGUGAUCUUCAUGUCGCCGUGGGGGCUCCCGGUGCUCUCCCGGCCGCUCCUGGCCGGAGGCCACAGGGGCAGGUAUCACCAUGGAAGGGAUGCCUUCUGAAUUCUGAUCGAGAAGCAGGUACCCAUGCCACUGCGAGUAUGUGUUCCUGGUGAUGAUAUUGGUAUGUAUAUGUGUGCGUGUAUGAUAUACGUUGUUGGUGAGGUAGUUGAUCCGACCCUGUAGGCUGAGUAUUAAUGUUUUCGUUUUGAUUCCGGCAACAAUUGUGUCGUUGUGGCUGGCAUGGCAGCUGCACCUGAGCCUGGAUCUGCCGUUUGAUCCUGACCUGUCUCAUCAGAUCUUGUGCGAAAACUUGCAGCAGAGUCUCGUUCAUAGCCUACUGCUGUGCCUUGUGAAUUGUGAUGCAAAA